AUGGAGGAUGAAUUUGCAAAGCUUAUCAGGAGAAUUAACCCUCCAAGAGUUGUUGUUGACAAUGGCGCCUGUGAGAAUGCUACCUUCAUACAGGUUGACAGUGUAUACAAGCAUGGGAUUCUCCUGGAAUUGGUCCAGCUUCUUUCAGACAUGAAUCUCAAUGUAACCAAAGCAUACGUCUCGUCCGAUGCCGGAUGGUUCAUGGAUGUGUUUUAUGUGACAGAUGAUCAUGGAAACAAAAUUACAGAUGAAGGUGCCCUCGUUUAUAUAGAGAGAACUCUUGAAACCAAAGUGCAUUUGUUGAAUACGAUGAGGAGCUCAGUUGAUUCAACUUCUUCCGAAGAUCAUACAUUAAUAGAACUAACCGGAAGUGAUAGGCCCGGGCUUCUAUCCGAGUUAUCUGCAGUUUUAGCAGAUAUGGAGUGUGAUGUGGUGAACGCUGAGAUGUGGACUCACAACGGUCGAGCCGCCGCUGUUAUCCAUGUCAUUGACCACUUUACACGGCACGUGAUCGAAGACCCGAAGAGGGUUUCGAUUAUCAAGGAGUUACUCUUCAAUGUGAUGAAAGGGGACAUUGAUGCUAAGAUACCAACAGCACGAAUGUCGGUUUCAACUUCAGGGAAGACUCAUAGAGGGCGAAGGUUGCACCAAAUUCUGUUUGCAGAUAGAGAUUUCGAGAGGCCAAACGAUAUCAAAUUUAAAACCUCAGAGCGACCCCAUGUUUCUGUGAUGCAUUGCAGCGACAGGGAUUACACGGUCGUGAUGAUAAGGUGCUUGGAUAGACCGAAGCUGUUGUUCGACACUGUUUGCUGUUUAACAGACAUGGAAUAUGUUGUGUUCCAUGGAACAGUUGUCACAGGGAGAAUGGAAGCUUAUCAGGAAUAUUAUAUCAGACAUGUUGAUGGAUUCCCUGUAAACUCAGAGGCUGAAAAACAAAGAGUUAUGGAGUGUCUUGAAGCAGCCAUUGAAAGGCGAACCACAGAGGGUCUAGAAUUGGAAGUGAUUACAGAUGAUCGAUCGGGGCUUCUUUCAGACAUAACACGAAUAUUUCGUGAGAAUGGAUUGUGCAUCAAAAGAGCAGAAAUAUGUAGCAGCAAUGGUGGGAAAGCAAAACACAGUUUCUUUGUGACUGAUGUGGGAGGGAACAGUGUUGACCCCAAAACUCUGGAUUUGAUCCAAAAUGAGAUAGGACAAGGCUGUCUCAUUGUUAAAGGGAAUUCCUUUUUGUGUCCCAAAGAGACAACCAGAAGCUACCUGUUUGGGAACCUGUUUAAAAGACCAAGUUUCCAAAGCUUCAAACUCAUCAAAUCUUGUUCAUAAAUCUUUGUUCCCUAGGGAAAAAUCUAGUGUGUUG